UAAAAAGUCGCACGUAUGCGCCGCCCACUUUUGCUCGCAGUCAUAUGACGUCACGUACGUCAGUCGACGUGAACUUCAUGAAGGCUAGUUAUGGCUUCUCCAGGGUAUUUUGGUGAUGGUCCUCCGAUGCGCGAGCAUGACCCGUACUUCACUGAGGUCAUGAGCCAGAGGAUGCGAGUGCCCGAGCGGCUGAGGGUCGGUCCAUCGCCUCACGCGCACGAGCACGAGCCUGCAGACCAAAGACAUGAAGAGCUACCUGCUGCCUACAGCAUGCACAUCCCAGACAGACUGGCCUUAACAGAUGUUCCUGAUCUGAGUCCACGACCUCUCUUCACUAAACACACUUCAUCAAUGUGGGACCUGCAGCACGGGUCCUGGGACAGGGAGUUCAUGAGAGAGCCUGUCCAGAGUCCACUGCGAAGGUCUUACAGUGACCAAGCCUUUGGUCGAACCCCACCUGGAACCCCCACACACUCCAGACAAACACUCCACUCACAGUCUCCCCGCAUUAUUGGACGUCCACCUGUCAUGCAUACAGACCCGUCCCCACCAAAGCCCCCGGGACUCCCCUCCAUCCCACCCAACCUGCUGUCCCCACAGAGCAUGCUGCAGGCCGCCAAGGAGCUGGGCCAGCAGGCGUCUCAGAAACUCCUCCAGACCGUCACCAAAAAAUACUCCUCCAGGUUUGGUUACCCAGAAAACCAACCCUCUCAGGCUGUGGAGGUUCAACCUGAUCAAAGCAGGACAAGUGCCUCACAGGAGUUCUGGCUCAGUCCUGAAGAGGACACAGGUGCUGCUGUCGAGUUCAUGGUGCUCCGCAGACAGGUGGUGAAGAUGAGCAGGAGGAUAGCAGGGCUGGAGAGACAGAACGCAGAGCACAGACAGACGGAGCUGGUGCUGUUCUCUCUGUUACUGUCUGCCUGUCUGAUCAACGGCUGGCUGUGGAUGCGCAGAUGACUCCUCACAACACUACACUAUAGAGACAGCACUACUACAGCAGCAGAGCCGUUUACUGGGAAGUACAAAGCUGCACAUUUUUCUAUAGAGAUUUACUCAAUUUGUUUCAUUAAACUAUGGUAAACGGAUGGUUUAGAAAGCACUCGGAUGGGUCACGUGAUCACAGUAGGGACACGGGCCACUUUGAGGAACUCCUCGUGAGAGUUUCAGUAAUGCAGUCCCUGUGGCUCUUUUUUGUAUUUGAUUUAUUCUGCAAAUUAAGUAAAUGCAUGCUUUACAAACCUUUACAAGUAUUUAUGAAAGUAUAAAAAUGAAUGUUUAUAUUUAUAUUUCCUUUUUUUUUCUUCCAGUUAGACAUUUGAAUAGCCUUCAUCUGUUUUAACUAAUUUACCCAGCCUGAUGUAUAUUUGAAAUAAUAAAAAUUGUAAUGAGUCUCA